AUGCCCUUGUCUCGACCUCCUCCAGCCAUCCUCAGUAGCCGCAACGAACCCCCACCUUUCGCUCCCUCCAUGAAUCCCACCACCACAUUCACUCUCACAGCCGUAGGGCUCCUGGCAACCAAAAUCAAGUGCCAGUCCGAAAACAAAAAGGAGGCAUACACCUUCCAAUCAAAGUCUGACUCAGCCAGCCGCAACAUGACAAUCAAGGACUACAAAGGCAACCAGGUCUGCAAAGUCAAGAGCAAAGGCGAACAUCUCUUGGACCUAUACCUCACCACGGACUCCAAGGACAUCAAUGUGCAAUUCCGAGACAUGGUUGCCUUCAAAAAAGCUGUCGAGAAAAACGCCGCUGGUAAUCUCAAGGCACCCCCCGUAUACCAGCCCGGAGAUGAGGAUGACGAGCGAAUGGACCCCCGAUAUGCCCCCGACCCGGCUUCACUGGGUAUUCAGAAUAUCUGCUGGGCCUUUGAGUUUGAGGGUCGUAUCUACCAAUGGACGGCCAGUGGUGAGCAUGGCAUCCACUCCCCGCCAGGAUCCGACGUCCUUGUGUGUCAUUCGACAAGCGCUGGCCCACCAACCAAGGUCGCAAAGCUGGCAAGCAGCCAUACCGGAGCCUCAGAGAAGUUGUUCAUAUCCAACGCAUCAACGGCAAAUGUUCUGGACAAGAUAGGUCUCCAGAUUCUGCUCUUAACCAGUGUUUUGAGUUUGAUGGAGAUUAUGAACGACAGGAGCCGCGAUCUGGUCGACUUUGACUAA